CAACAUACGAUCUUUGGCGGUGACGUCGCAACAGGACGGGACGGGGCGGGCGGCGCGAACUGGCGCCGGGAGAUUCGAUCCCUGACUCCGGUCCUGACUCCUGGACCCAGCCCGUAAACAUCACCUCAACCAGACCUGUUUGAUUCGUGUAUUUGCCGUGGAGUCAUGUUGUUCCUUUGUGUAGUUCCGCGGAGCGGGACGGGCAGCUGUUGAACCUUCACCUCCAUACAGAUGGAGGCCAUGGAGGUAGACUCCCCUGGGCAGCUGCAGGGGGGUGGGGACAGACAGCCAGAGGUUGCAGCUGCAGCGGCGGACGCCAACGCGCCGCACGUCAUCUCGGACUCCGGCAGCAGCACCGAGGUGGACGAGGACGAGGAUGACGACAACGAAAGAGGGCAGACGACGACCCGCGUGCCCCCCAGGCUUCCUGCCACCUGGGCAUUCAGUCAGAGAGCGGUGAGCCGCCCUGCAGCUACGCCGUCUGCCGCUCAUGGCGCACCAAUCCGGAGGAGACUCAGGCAGGGUCUCCGGGUGCACUACCCCAGCCAGACCGCGGCGCCCUCCAGAGGCUUUCCCGACUUCCUGCUCCGAGCGCCGGCUGCCAGCGUGACUCAGCCAGAGUCCGGCAGCACCACCGAGGUCAGCGAGUCUGAAGAGGAGGAGGAGGGUGAGGAGGAGGUCAACAGAGAAGCCUUGGCUGCUACGGAGCCCGUCGUCCCGGUGCCGCCUGCGAGUCCUCGUCUCCAAGCGUCCGUCCAACACGCACAACCACAGGAAGCUGGUCCAAAUAACUCCAGUUCAGUUGCAGAUGGUGAGAGGGCAGAAAUGUCCAAUCAGAACGUCCAGCCGGCCACCGUGGCCUCGGCUUCUGCCAAGCCGUCGCAGGCCGAAGAGGGCGAAGGCGACAUCUGCUCCAUCUGCUUCGAGGCGUGGACGACAGCGGGCGAGCACCGACUGUCGGCUCUGCGCUGCGGACACCUCUUCGGCUUCACCUGCAUCCAGCGCUGGCUGAAGGCUCAGGGCCCGGCCGCUAAGUGUCCACAGUGCAACAAGAAAGCGAAGCGUUCAGACAUCGUUCUGCUGUACGCUCCGAAGCUGAGAGCGCUCGACAACUCCGAGCAGGAGAGCUUAAAGAAGUCUCUGGAGCAGGAACAGUCUCUGAGGAGGAAGGCUGAACUGGAAUCAGCUCAGUACAAACUGAAGCUGCAGGUUGUCACCAACAAAUACGGACAAGCACAACAAGAGCUGCAGGAGCUGAGGGCUCUGAUGGCUCAGGCCGGCAGAAGCUCAGGGCCGUCCUCAUCCUCGUCUACCUCGUCUGCGUCCACCUCGCUCCUCCACGGCCUGUGCCAGAGGGCGGACGGCUCCAGGACGGCCCAGUACAGUUUCUCCAAAGCGGUGCUGGUGUCCCAGGCUGGAAGCUGCAGGGUUUUAUCCUACUGCGAACCUCUGAGCUGCCUGCUGGCCUCGCAGCCGUCCCCGCACUCCACCCUGGUGCCCGGUGAGACUUAG